AAGGUCGGUGUGUUCGUGCGUUCAAUUUGAAAGAAAGAGAAGACAUUGUAUAAGUAGAAGGUCAAAGUAUAGGCAUAAUAAGGUGUAAGGUAUAGGUAAAUAACUUUCUCUCAUUCAACAUAAUUUUGUACUCUUAGUGAUUUCUUAGUUCCUUUGGCCUAUGCCUUUAGUCUAUCGCCUCCACUCAAACACGACCUUGUUUGCUGGGAAGGACACAACCUUUUCGAAUUCUAUUUCCACAGAUGAAAUCGUAAACUCUUUUCAGAACCUUAGUUUCAACUUGGUUGGAGCAAAUUUUCCGCCAUAAAGAGGAAUUUCCUCCAUUAAAGAAUCACGUCCAAUCAACCCUGGCAUUUGUAUAUUUUCUUAGCCUUAAUUUGAAGAUCAUUAGUUAACUCUAGCUGCUGCAGUUCAAGACUAUCAUUAUUACCAAGUUCUAAUGUUAAAAGCCACCAGGACCAUGCUGCCACUGCAUUUUUUCUGUAUUCUCCUUAUAAUCACACUACUUUUUAGCAGUGGAACGUAUUCUCUCUCACAUGAAGAUCGACAAGAAGAAAACGACCAUCAGAAUACUUGGCAAGAAACACAUCAUGAAGAAGCUUGUGGAGAGAAAUGUGGGAGUUUCCACAUACCAUUUCCAUUCUACAUGAACCAAUCCAACUGUGGCUCUUCACUUUCUGAUGCAUUUCGCCUUUCUUGUAUAAACUCCACUUCACUUUUCCUCAACAUUGGUUCUCAAACAUAUCAACUUCUCCACUUCUUCUCUGAUGGAGUACUUGUGGAUUUCCCAAACACCACUUUUUGUCGUCAAUACAACGACCUCAAAUCCUUUGGAUUUAAAGGAAAUGACAACUUUGGCAUAUCUAGAGAUAAUAUCUUAGGUCUCUAUGACUGCGAGGAUUCAUCUUUGUGCAAACCAGAUUGCGAGAAAAACAUAAUGCCUCGUUGUGAUGGAUCCCCGGGUAGCUACCCUGCAUGUUGCUACCCGUUAUCUGAUCGCAGCGCUUGGAAUGCUGAUCAGAGAGAUGGUUUCUCUACUUUUUCACAGUUUGGAUGCAGGGGAUUUUCGUCUUGGGUUGUUUUAUCUGGAAAUCAAGUAGGCAAACGUGGCGUUAAGUUAGAGUGGGCUGUUCCAAGAAAUUCAACCACAGCAACUUGUGCUACUAAUGCUGAUAUUGUCAAUGCAACUACUGUUGCUUCUGGGAUUAGAUGCAAAUGCCAAGAUGGAUUUGUAGGUGAUGGUUUUGCUGUUGGAGUUGGGUGCCUCAAAUCUUGCAUCAAAGAAGGAAAGGAAGCAUAUGGCAAAGCAUGUUCUUCAACAAGUCAUGGUAGAAGGAAAGCAGUAAUUCUAGCUGGAGUACUUACUUCAGCACUCACCAUCACCUCCCUGACAGCACUUUUUUGUGUUCUAAGACGGCCUAUGAAGACAGACAUAUUCGAUCAUCCUAGUAUGACUCGCAGUCAGGGUAACAUCUCAUUCCAGAAACCUUGUACUAUCCGAAUGUUUACUUACUAUGAGCUAGAACAGGCCACUAAAGGUUUUCAAGAUGAUCAAAUACUUCUUGAUCAUGGUGGCAAAGCUACACUAUAUUCUGGAACUCUAGUGGACGCAUCAGCUAUAGCUGUACACAGGCUACAAUGUGAUAGUGAACGAGAACUAGUCGAGGUCUUGUCCCGAGUGGAGGCAUUACAUGCUGUUUCACACAAGAAUAUUGCCCAGAUUCUUGGAUGGUCUGUUGAUUCUGGAUACACCCCAUUAGUGGUGUAUGUAUAUCCCGUUAAUGGAACGCUCGGGGAACAUCUUUUUCGAGCUAAAGAUGAGACAAAAAGAGGUCUUGAUUGGCACCAGAGAAUAAACAUUGUUGCUGAAACAGCAAAUGUUCUUGCAUUCCUCCAGUCUGAGGUUUAUCCCCCCAUUGUACAUCAUGAACUUAAUGCCAGUUGCAUCUUCCUAGAUGAGGACUUAACCGUGAAACUCUUUGGACUCGAGCUCUCCACAAAUGCAAGCACUGAUUACAAAAAGCAAAGCGACGUUUACAACUUUGGAUUGGUCCUUUUGGAGGUUAUCACAGGUAGCAGCUCGGAUCAUGUGCCAUCAAAGACGGCUUUACAGAAGAUAACAAGCGGAAAGUUAGAAGAGAUUGUAGAUCCACAUCUUUAUUAUCAUGAGCAGCCUAUUUUUCGAAGGGAGCAGAUAGAGAUAGUUGCAGACCUUGCAACAAGAUGCAUAAUAUUUGGUUCCCAAGAUGGCAAAUUUCACAUGGGAGAUGUUGCAAGAGAACUGGUUCACAUAUCAAAAGAUGGAGUUGAUGGUAGAAGUAGGAGGUGUCCGUCGACUCAUAAUCUUGAAGAAACUUUUUCCAAUUCAAGUCUUCUUCAGAUGAUAUCUAUGUCUCCUGAUUCAAUACAUGUCCCUGCCAGAGGCUUCUCUUAAGAAUCUCUUGUUCUGAAUAAAAGCCACUAUCAAAUCACAUUCUUGAGCUUUUAUCAUCAUUAAACACUUGAUGUAAUUAUGUAGUUAUCUCCUCCUGCUUUCUCUUAAGUAUACACAAGCAAUCUCUUGUUUUAAUAAAAUUUUCCAACCCUCAAUGUCUUCAAUCCGUUUGUAACAGUAGCUUUUGUACAUUACUUAGUGUCAAUGGUGUAUUUUCACAUUCCUA